UAUGUGCAAAGGAUAUUUUAGAAUGUGCUGUCGAGCAUCGGUACGAGCACAUCAACCAAAAUUCCUUUUUCACCCCCUUAAAUUGUCACACCAUGGCCUCUCAUUGAACCACUCAUCACAGUACAACACUAUCUAACUCUCUCUUCUCUCUUUUCUGAGUAAGUUUAUCUCUCGGAAAAGUUUUAGAGAGAAAGAAUAGCUGAAAAGAUGGUGAAGUUCUCUAAGCAGUUUGAGGGCCAAUUAGUCCCUGAAUGGAAAGAAGCUUUUGUUGAUUACUGGAAACUCAAGAAGGACCUCAAAAAAAUACAUCUUCUUAAUUCUAACAACAACAACAACUCUCAAAAUAAGCACCAAAACAACUCUUUGUCACAUACCCUUUUGACAUCUCUGAAGAACUUCUCUUUGUUUGGUCCUAAACGUACAGAUCACCAUGAAGUUAUUCAUGUUCACAAGAAACUUGCCUCCUCAGCAAGUAAGGGAGACGUAUAUGAGACCGAACUGUUGGAGCAAUUCGCCGAUACCGAAGCUGCGAAAGAGUUCUUCAACUGUUUAGACCUUCAGCUCAACAAAGUGAAUCAGUUCUAUAAAGCCAAAGAGAAGGAGUUUCUUGAGAGAGGAGAGUCUUUGAAGAAACAGAUGGAGAUUCUCAUUGAGGCCAAGACUGCAUUCAAUCAGCAGCGUGCCAAAGCAGCUAAUUCAUCUCAGGAUUCCAAGGAGGAUGCCUCCAUGUCAUACACACUUUCCCGCGAGGAGUCCAUCAAUGGGGAGAAAACAGAACAAGAGCAAGAGCAGGACAGCAAUAGCAUAGAUGAUCAGAUGGAGAAAAAUGAUGUGCCAUAUGGAGAUAUCUGCUCAAAAUCAUCUGAUGAGCUUGGAAAAUCAAUGGGAAUUAAGAGAGAAGACAGCAAAUUAAGAACUCUUCCAGGACAGGUUUUCAGUGUCCAAGGGAAGAACUUUGGCAUAAACAUUCCUCUCACAACACCCUCGCGUACCUUAUCGGCGAUCAGCUACUUAUUCAAAGAAGAUCUAGGAAAUCAGUCCUCAAAGAAAAGCACUCAGGAAGGUAGCAAGCUUAGAAUCAAUAAAACUAAGCUUCAUCAUGCAGAGAAGAUGAUCAAAGGAGCUUUUGUUGAACUCUAUAAAGGAUUAGGAUAUCUCAAAACUUACAGGAACUUGAACAUGCUUGCCUUCAUAAAGAUUUUGAAGAAGUUCGACAAAGUUACUGGAAAACAAGUUCUCUCCAUUUAUCUAAAAGUGGUUGAAAGUUCAUAUUUCAACAGCUCAGACAAGGUAAUAAAUCUAGCAGACGAAGUUGAGGAGCUUUUCAUCAAAAACUUUGCUGAUGAAGACCGAAGAAAGGCCAUGAAGUACCUCAAACCACAUCAACGAAAAGAAUCACACUCUGUGACAUUCUUCAUUGGGCUAUUCACUGGUUGUUUGAUCGCACUCUUCACUGGAUAUGUCAUCAUGGCUCAUAUUCUGGGAUUGUACAAAAAGCAACCAAAGACUUCGAUCUAUAUGGAAACUUCCUAUCCUGUACUUAGCAUGUUUAGCCUAUUGUUCCUGCACUUCUUUCUGUACGGUUGCAACAUCUUCGCAUGGAGAAAGACUCGUAUAAACUAUAGCUUCAUAUUUGAGCUGGCCCCAACAAAGGAGCUCAAGUACAGAGAUGUAUUUCUAAUCUGUACCACAUCAAUGACUGUGGUAGUGGGGACUAUGUUUGUUCACUUGUCGUUUCUAACAAAAGGGUAUUCCUAUACUCAAGUUCAAGCAAUCCCUGGCCUUCUGCUUUUGGCCUUCUUACUUUUACUAGUGUGCCCCUUCAAUAUCAUCUACCGAUCAAGCCGUUAUCGCUUGCUUUGUGUCAUAAGAAACAUCAUUUUGUCCCCUCUCUAUAAGGUUGUCAUGCUGGACUUCUUCAUGGCUGAUCAACUAUGUAGUCAGGUUCCAAUGCUGAGAAACCUUGAGUACGUCGCAUGUUACUACAUAACUGGAAGCUACAAAACUCAGGAUUAUGGUUACUGCAUGAGAACUAAGCACUACAGAGAUCUUGCCUAUGCAGUUUCCUUCCUACCUUACUACUGGAGAGCUAUGCAGUGUGCUCGCCGGUGGUUCGAUGAGGGACAGAAAAAUCACCUUCUGAACCUGGGAAAAUAUGUGUCUGCCAUGUUAGCUGCGGGGACCAAAGUAGCAUUCGAGAAAGAAAGGACUGUGGGAUGGCUUUGUCUUGUUGUGAUCAUGUCAAGUUUUGCAACAAUGUACCAAUUGUAUUGGGACUUUGUAAAGGAUUGGGGUUUACUGCAAACCAACUCCAAGAACCCCUGGCUUAGGAAUGAAUUAAUCCUUCGCCGAAAGAUCAUUUACUACAUCUCUAUGGGAUUGAAUCUAGUUCUCAGGCUUGCGUGGUUACAAACUGUUGUCCAUUCAAGCUUUGGACAUGUUGAUUACAGAGUAACUGGACUAUUUUUAGCUGCCCUUGAAGUCAUUAGAAGAGGGCUUUGGAACUUUUUCAGGCUGGAGAAUGAGCAUCUAAAUAAUCAAGGCAAGUUUAGAGCAGUGAAGACAGUGCCAUUGCCUUUCCAUGAAGUGGAUGAGGAAGACUGAUUAUGCCACAUUGGCAAGAACAAAAUUUAGUAGAAAACAGAAUUGGAUUCUGGAUUUUUAAGGGCAUUUUUCUUCCAACAAAUGUUUCCAAAAGGAGCUCUUGUUGUACUAAUUCAUGUGGACCAAAAUAAGAAGUGAUGUAAACCAAAAAAAAAAAAAGUGAAAAAUCUUGAGAAAGAGAGAGAGAAAAAAAAAGAAAAAGAAAGAACAGAACAUUAAGUUGCUUAUUGACUUAAAUUUAGGUGGAUUUUGGUAACUUAGUCCUCCAAACUUGUACACAAAAAAAAAAAAUUCCUCAUCAAUGAAAAGAAAAAUAGUGUAAAAAAAAACGCAAUUGCGCUAAUAUCUAGUUAACGCCCUUGACGUGUAUAUAUUGACAUGUCACACAUGCACUAUGAUACUCUUAUGUUGA